UCUUCUUUCUCUCUCGGUACCUUUCGUCACUUCUUCUGUGAAAAUGGCGAUUUCAAAGGGAAAGAAGAUAGUAAAAGAGACUCAAGAUAUGGAAGCUAUCAAGUCUGAUGUAGCUUCUUUUGCUUCUUCUAUUGGUCUCGCUUCCUCUGCUACUGCUUCAAACCCAAGUUCAGGUUUUGACGACUCUGAUUUCCGCAAAACUGGAACCAUAAAAAAUCCUCAAAAUCCAGAUAGCAACAAGAAGAAGAAGAUACAAAACCCUAAAUCUUCCAAUGAAGAAACUAAGAAACCUCAGAGAGAAAAUUUUGAGAAAGGGAAAAAACAACUAAACCCUAAGAAAGGGUUUAAUGAGGAAAAUAAGAAACCUCAGAAUGGAAAGUUUGAGAAGAAGAAAUAUGAAAAUAAUAAUAAGAAUGAUCGAAUAGUUAAAGAGAAAGUUACUCCUGUUUCAAUUGAUAAUAGUAAACCACUUAACAAUAAGUGGAAAAAUCUUCCCAAGCUUCCUUGCAUUAGGGCAACAUCUUUACGUGUUUGGUAUGAGGAUGCAGCAGAACUGGAAGCUAAAAUUAUCGGUAAUGAAGCGAAGAAGAUUGAACAGAAAAAUGAAGUGGAAUGGAAGAAUUUGGUUGCGAAGAAGAGGGAGGUUGGAGAGAGGUUGAUAGCACAAUUUACUGAGGAUUUUGAGACUUCCAAAGGAAAUAGUGGAGAUAUAAAGAUGCUUUUGGCCACACAGCGAUCGGGAACUGCAGUAGAUAAGGUCUCUGCGUUUUCAGUUUUGGUGGGGGAAAAUCCAAUUGCGAAUAUCAGAUCACUUGAUGCACUUCUGGCAAUGGUAACAUCAAAGGUUGGAAAACGCCAUGCAUUGACUGGUUUUGAAGCGUUGAAGGAACUGUUUUUAUCGAGUCUACUACCCGAUCGGAAACUGAAAAUCCUCCCUCAACAUCGAUUGAACCAUCUUACAGAAACAAAAGAUGGUUACUCUCUUCUGCUCUUCUGGUAUUGGGAAGAAUGUUUAAAGCAGAGGUAUGAGCGGUUUGUCUUCGCACUCGAGGAAGCAUCACGAGACAUGUUACCUGUUCUUAAAGAAAAGGCGUUGAAGACAAUUUAUGCACUACUGAGGAGUAAAUCAGAGCAAGAGCGGAGAUUACUCUCUGGACUAGUUAACAAACUGGGAGAUCCUGAAAAUAAGGGUGCAUCAAAUGCUGAUUAUCACUUGUCAAACCUUCUGACCGAGCAUCCUAACAUGACGGCAGUAGUGAUUGAUGAGGUUGAUUCUUUUCUCUUUCGCCCUCAUUUGGGACCACGAUCGAAGUACCAUGCUGUGAACUUUUUGUGCCAAAUACGUCUCACUCACAAAGGAGAUGGGGCUAAAGUGGCGAAGCGUUUGGUGGAUGUGUACUUUGCACUGUUUAAGUUAUUGAUUUCGGAAAGCAGUGCUGAGAAAAAAUUGGAUAAAGGCAACAAAAAGGAGGAUAAGAAAGAGACGGGCUCCCUAAAAAAUAAUAAAGCGGAAAAUCCGUCUGGACCAAAUGUUGAAAUGGAUUCAAGACUUCUUUCAGCUCUUCUCACGGGAGUCAACAGAGCAUUUCCAUUUGUUGCAAGCGACGAGGCUGAUAAUGUUGUUGAGGUUCAAACACCCAUGCUUUUCAAACUGGUUCACUCCAUCAAUUUCAAUGUAGGAGUUCAAGCUUUAUUGCUUCUGGAAAAGAUUUCAUCAAAAAACCAGAUUGUUAGUGAUCGGUUCUAUCGUGCUUUGUAUUCAAAACUUCUGCUCCCGGCUGCAAUGAAUUCAUCGAAGGGAGAAAUGUUUAUUGGACUCCUACUCAGAGCUAUGAAGUCUGAUGUAAAUCUGAAGAGGGUGUCUGCCUUUUCAAAACGUAUCCUGCAGGUGGCACUUCAACAGCCCCCUCAAUUUGCCUGUGGAUGCCUGUUUCUCCUAUCUGAAGUUCUUAAAGCCAGACCACCACUUUGGAAUAUGGUGCUUCAGAGUGAGUCAGUUGAUGAUGAUGAUGUUGAACAUUUUGAGGAUAUUGUAGAAGGAACUGAGAAUAAAUCCGAACCUGCACUUUUGAAGCAACCAGAAAGCGCAGUCACGGUGGUCCCGGAUAACAAUGAUGGGGCCAAAAUUGACCCUGAUUCUUCUGAUUCCGAAGAAGUUGAAUUGUCAGGUUCGGACUUAGGAUCUGAAGAUAAUGAUUCUGAUGGAGAUGACAUCCUCAAAAGAGGUUCGAACACUAUUGGGCAACUAAAAACAGAUGGGAGUUCAGGCGGGACUCAGCCACCUAAUGUUAAGUUGUCACUGCCUGGUGGCUAUGACCCGCGGCACAGGGAACCAUCUUACUGCAAUGCGGAUCGAGCUAGCUGGUGGGAGCUGAUGGUACUUGCUUCUCAUGCGCACCCAUCUGUUGCAACCAUGGCCAGGACCCUUCUAUCAGGGACCAACAUAGUUUACAAUGGUAAUCCUUUAACUGAUUUGGCACUUCCUGCAUUUCUGGACAAGUUCAUGGAGAAAAAACCUAAGUCAAGCACGUGGCAUGGUGGUUCCCAAAUCGAACCUGCUAAGAAGCUGGGCACAAACAACCUUUUGAUUGGGGCUGAAAUUCUGUCACUGGAUGAAGAAGAUGUAGCACCUGAGGAUCUAGUUUUCCACAAGUUUUAUACAAAUAAAAUGAAUGCCUCUAAGAAACCCAAAAAGAAGAAGAAGAAGGUUGCUGAGGAUGAAGCAACAGAAGAGUUACUUGGAUUUGAUAGGGGUGAUGGAAGUGAGGAUGACAUUGGUGGUGAUGAUGAUGGAGGUGAGGACGAGAUUGGUGGUGAUGAGAGUGACAAUGAGGAGAUUGAUAACUUGUUGAAUUCAGGGGAUCUUCCGUUGGAUGAAGCUGCAGGUGAUUAUGAUUAUGACGAUCUGGACCAAGUUGCCGAGGAAGAUGAUGAAGAUCUAAUUGGAGGAAGCGGCGAUGAUGAUGCUGAGAUGGAUAUCUUAUCAGAUGUGGCUGACGAAGAUGAUGACGACGCUGAUCUUCCUGUGAACAUUGGUGAUUCAGAUGAUGACAUAAAUGAAGAAGAGGGUGACAUGGUUCAUAACAAAAGAAAGAGAAACAGAAAGGGUGGCAGAAAGGCUGGGGCAUCUCCAUUUGCUAGUAUAGAAGAUUAUGAUCAUCUGUUGAAAGACGAAAAUGAUCCCUCCAAAGAUUCCAGCACGAAAGCGAAAAAGAAAUCCAGUUUGCGAAAGAAGAGAAAACAGUCGGAUUGAACUUCUCCUCCGUCAAAGGAAAUUUUUGUAAGAUUAUAUCAUGUAAUAGCUUGAAUUUUGUGCUCUUCUAUCGUAUGGUUCCUAGAGGAUUUAGGCCUAAUAGUUUGUCAUUUGAUUUACUUUUAAGCAGUGAAUGAGUAUGAUCUACAGUAUGUCAAUGAGUUUAUUUUAUAGCGCUGACACGGUCUUGCUUUUUAACUCUUCCA